UAAACACAAGACACACACCGCGCCGGGUAAAUCGCACGCACUGCGACCGUCGAGAAGUGUUGUAAACAAAGCGAAUUUGGCCGUGUAGCAUAUUUUUAUUAAGAAAAGACGCAUCAUCGUACGCCCAUAGGCUUUUAGCGAUUUUCACGCGUUGCCGGCGUUUUUGUAUUGAGUGCCAUAAAAAAAAAAACGAAAAUGGCCGGUGGCGUCAUUCUGGAGAAUUUGAGCAACCGAAAACUUUUCGUUCUCGUGUCGGCGCUGAUGCUAUGUCAGCUCGCUUGUUUUCUCAUCGGCGGUCUCAUAGCUCCCUCUCCGUCCGCUACCGAUAUGGUAUUGGCGUCUAAAUGUGUAAAAACUUUCAACGACAGUCAACAGUGGUUUUACAUCAGAGGCCAGGGUAAAUGUGAUACGUACGAUCUAGAAAACUACUCGGAUGGGCCAAACACGAAUUCAAUCGCCAACCACAUCGUUUUUACAUUUCAAAUACCCACUCCUAGAGACGGUGUCACUUUGGAUUUUUCGCGUUGGCAACAAAAUCUUAUCGGAGUCCUCUAUUUUGACAUUGUUUACCAUCCAGGAACGGAAAUGGAACGUAAUAUUGAAUUGACAUUGGAAACCCGACUAGGCUAUGCAAACUAUGGUGAUAGAGACGGCGACUGGAAAGAGUAUGCGUCGUCAGUAGAAAAACGCAAUUUAGAUUGUGUUUCCGAAGAGAAAUUGGACGGCCACAACUAUCAAUGUUCGAUCGUUCCGCUGUUUGAACUUGGGUCGUUGCAUCACGAUUAUUAUUUGAUCAAUAUAAGGAUACCGGUCGACGAACGAAACCGAAUUAACUUCGGCUUGGGCCAUUUGAAAGAUGUCUGGCUGGUGGUAAUCAAUCAAAACGGUGGUUUUACUAGAAUCUGGUUGUUUAUGAAAACUUUAUUUUUCCCAUUUAUCGUGGCGAUAAUGAUAUGGUUCUGGAACAGAGUGCACAUGCUUGCCCGCAAACCGGUGUUGCUUGAACGGAUGUUGAUGACGAUAGGAUUCGCCCUCACGUUACUAAAUCUUCCAAUUGAAUUCUUGACGCUAUACUUCGAUAUGCCUUACAUGUUAUUACUUCAAGACGUUAGACAAGGUAUUUUCUAUGCUGCUUUGCUUUCGUUUUGGCUAAUUUUCGCCGGUGAACAUCUUAUGGAAUCGCAGCAGAAACGUUUACGAUCGUAUUGGAAAUAUUUGAGCGGUGUUGCUGUCGGAUGUAUUUCAUUGUUUGGUUUUGAUAUGUGCGAAAGAGGAGCGCAAUUGAAAAAUCCGUUUUUCUCCAUUUGGGUAACACAAACGGGCACGCACUUGGCAUUAACCUUCAUCAUAUUGGCCGCCUUGUCUGGAGGUUUCUAUUUCAUUUUCUUGUCGUAUAUGAUAUGGAAGGUGUUUUGCAAUAUCAGCGCACGAAGAUCGGCGUUGCCGAGCAUGUCUAACGCUCGGCGAUUGCACUACGAAGGAUCAAUAUACAGAUUUAAAUUCUUGAUGAUCGCUACUCUGUUGUGUGCUGCUUUGACCGUGAUAGGGUUCUUGAUGGGACAAGCGUCCGAAGGACGAUGGAAGUGGAACGAAAGUACGGAGCUGGAGUACACGUCGGCAUUUUACACCGGUGUGUACGGUAUGUGGAACAUUUACAUAUUUGCUCUGAUCGUGCUGUAUUCUCCAUCUCACAAACACUGGCCGUCGGAAGUCGAUAUCAACAACAGUUCGAGCGAUACAAUCGAAUUCAGUCGUCUGCCAACCGAACCCACGGAAAUGUCGUCUCUUGCUUCUUUCUCUAGGAAAUCUGCUUUCGACUGAAUGGCGCCCUCGACAUUAACUUAACAUACGCUAGACUUUAUCGAGACUUAAUCACUAUCAUGACAUUUAUUGAUAUUCGAUUGUUCGUCUAAAACGGACAAUAUUAUUAUAGCAUUUUUUUUAUUAGCCGUAGGUAAUUUUAAACGACUGUUGUAAUUUUUUUUAGUUUGAUGAAUUAUUUCAAACUAGACGUUUAUAUGAUUUUAACUUUUAAACUAUGGCAGAUAUAAUUUAAGGUUUAGCAAAAAGUUAAGCUCUGAUUUUAACGGUAAAGCAUUUUGAGUACAUUAACAACAGACAUUUCUAAACUUAUAUUUUGUACCUACUUUAAUAUUCGGCUAAUGUAUUAAAUGUAGUAAUUAUUGCAUUUUUUUUAUUCCUUUUUAACCUUUAAUUAUUAUCGCUUAAUAGAAAAAAUGCAAAAUAAAAAUUAAUUAAAUUUCAUUUAACAAAAGUAAUUACUAUUCAAAUAUUUCACGUAUUUUCCCCUUUAAAAAUCGACGCAAAACUAGUGUUGAUGAUAAUUUAC